AGCUGCCAGACCCCUGAACGGGAGAGGCAGAGAGGACUGGCCAACAUGCACAACUUCCGCAGCCUCCCGGCCCGUCUGCUGCUGCCGCUGCUACUGCUGGGGGCUGCCAUGGGCCCUGCCGGAGCCCUCAGUGAUGAUGAAAAACACGUGAUGGUGGAGCUGCACAAUCUCUACCGAUCCCAGGUGUCCCCACCGGCCGCCAACAUGCUGCAAAUGAGGUGGGACGAGGAGCUGGCCGCCUUCGCCAAGGCCUAUGCGCAGCAGUGCGUGUGGGGCCACAACAAGGAGCGCGGGCGUCGCGGCGAGAACCUGUUCGCCAUCACGGACGAGGGCCUGGACGUGCCGCUGGCCAUGGAGGAGUGGCACCACGAGCGCGAGCACUACAACCUCAGCGCCGCCACCUGCGCCACAGGCCAGAUGUGCGGCCACUACACGCAGGUGGUCUGGGCCAAGACAGAGAGGAUUGGUUGUGGUGCCCACUUCUGUGAGAAGCUCCAGGGCGUUGAGGAGACCGAUAUCCACUUGCUGGUUUGCAACUAUGAGCCCCCGGGGAACGUGAAGGGGCAGAGGCCCUACCAGGAGGGAACUCCAUGCUCCCAAUGUCCCUUGGGCUACCACUGUGAAAACUCCCUGUGUGAACCCAUCAGAGGCCCGGAAGAGGCUCAGGAUUUGCCUUACCUAGUAACUGAGGCCCCAUCUUCCCUGGCAACAGAAGCCUCAGGCUCUAGGAAAGAGGGUAUCACUUCUUCCUUAGCAACGGAAACUCCAUCCUUCUUGGUAACAGAGGUCUCAGGCUCCCUGGCAACAAACGCUCUACCUGCUGUAGAAACCAAGGCCCCAUCUUCCUUAGUAACAGAAGACUCCCCUUCCAUGGCAACAGAGGCUCCACCUUCCUUAGCAACUGAGGUCCCUUCCUUUUUGGCAACUCACAGCCUACUCUAUUUGGAUGAGAGACCGGCUACCCUCCCCAAAUCAACCCAUGAUCCUACCCCCAAAUCAGCAGAUAAAGAGGCCAGCAGUACAAGAAUGCCCUCCAGGAGCCCAGAGAGUUCUCUGCAGCCCAAGAUGUCCUUGACGGGGACAUGGGAGCCGCUACCCCACACCCAGGAGGAGGGCGAGGCUGAGGCCGAGUCGCCUCAUUCCAGUGAGAUCUUGGCCUCAGUUUUUCCAGCGCAGGACAAGCCAGGUGAGCUGCAGGCCACACUGGAGCACAAGGGACACACCUCCUCCAAGUCCCUGUCCAACUCCCCCAGUGCCUCUGCCACCGCUAAUGCCAUGGGUGGGCGUACCCUGGCCCUGCAGUCCUCCUUGCCAGGUGCAGAGGGCCCUGAAAAGCAUGGCAUCAAGUCAGGGUUGAACUCGAGCCCUGGGCACGGCUGGGGCCUCCUCCUGGGACUGCUGCUACUGCCUCCCCUGGUGCUGGCUGGAAUCUUCUGAAGGGGUCACCACUCAAAGGGUGAAGAGGUCAGCUGUCCUCCUGCCACCUCCCCCACCCUGUCCCCAGCCCGCCAAACAAGACGUUUCUUGGCUGAAGUCCCUCUGGAAGGGAAAGGCUGCAGGGCAUGUGCCUCAUCCACAGACAUCUUUGGGGGUAUGGGGCCUGGCCACUGCGAGCUCAGGUUGCUGCCCGCUGACUGCAUGUGUCUGGACCCCUUCUGUUCCUCCCAUCUCAGUCUGGGGGGGGCGGUGAGUGAGGACUCUGGGGAGGUCCCUGCCUGCCUGGCCUUAGGUUGUCUGCCUGGGCAAGGUAAAGGUUCUCCCUGAGUAUCCGGUCCCCUAACUUUCCUGUUUAGCAGGCAGCGGGUGUCGUGAGGGGCAGAUGAAGGACAAGCCCCAUCUGAGAGGAGUUCUAUGGGUGGGGCAGGCAGGGACCAGGGAAGGGAGGCAGCCCCUGACUCCUGAAUAAAAGCCUGUGUAAGAGGACCAGUCGCCGUGCUUGUGAGCAACAAAGGGGGCAAGGGAGGGCUCUUGGGCAGGGGGCCCUGAGAGGCUCACCUCUUCCCCUACUGACUCAUGGCAACUGUUCCUUCUUCACACGCCCUCUCCCCCAAACAUUCCAUUUAGUUCUUUGAGGCACUUUUCCUUUCCUUCCUAACCCCCGACCCCAAAUCUUCAGGUAGCCGGCGGAAAGGGGCUAGGGCCAAGGGUUGGCGAAGGGUGCUGGGCUGACUCUCCCAGCUCUGGGAGUCACUAGUGAAGCCUAGCUGGGUUCGUGACCCAGGAUCAAGGAGUGGCAUACGACCUCUUCACAGGGGUCCUGCUGCCCACGCCCACCCAGGACACAAGGUCUGAAAUGUACCUCAGCAUGGUUUUGCCAACCCUUGGUGCUUAGAGGAGUCCUGAGAAAGGGCUCUGGAGUCCCAGACACCCUCCAGGGAAGUACAGGAUUGUCCCGAAGUGCUGUGGGGCAGGAAAGCACAAGUGUGUGAGUAGGGAUAGCAAUGGUAGGUGAUGAGGGCAGCCUGGGACUCAGCUAGGGCUGGUGGGGAGGGGCAGCUAAACAGGAAGCAUACAAAUCAGUCCAGGGCUUAAGGCUGUGUGUGUGUGUAUGAGAUGAUAGAAUGUAUCUCCAUUAAGGUAUAACUCAUAUAACUUAAGAUUCACAUUUAAAGUGUACCACUCAGUGGUUUUUAGUAUAUUCACAGGGUUGUGCAACCAUCACCACAAUUUGGGAACAUUUUUAUCACCCCAAAGAGAAACCCCACACCCCUCAGCAGUCACUUCCCAUUUUCCCUCCACGCCCCCCAGCCCUUGCCCUAAGCAAUCACUAAUCUAUUGUCUCUAUGGGUUUGUCUAUUCUGACUUUUUUUUUUUUUUGCGGUACGCGGGCCUCUCACUGUUGUGGCCUCUCCCGUUGCGGAGCACAGGCUCCAGACGCGCAGGCUUAGCAGCCAUGGCUCACGGGCCCAGCCGCUCCGCGGCAUGUGGGAUCUUCCCGGACCGGGGCACGAACCCGUGUCCCCUGCAUCGGCAGGCAGACUCUCAACCACUGCACCACCAGGGAAGCCCUAUUCUGACAUUUUAUAUAAAUAGAAUCAUACAAUA